CCGAUACGGAUAUUAUUAUUUUUAGUGCUAAAAUUGGAAAAAUUGCGGGGAAAUGAAAGUUCUGUUCAUCAAGAUAAUUCGAUAAUUUAUUGUAAAGACGUUCUUACAAAGACUUCAGAGAUAUGGCUUGUGGAAGAACCAGACUCCAGAGCAGCAAGAUCUUCCUAUUGUCUGGUAUAGAUAGUGAAGAAAGGAAAGUUCUGUCUACUUCCAUACAUCAACUUGGAGGACUAUACUUGAAUGUAGAUAGUUACCAGACAAAUGUCACUCAUGUUGUUUGUGGCAAACUGAGUAGGAGUGAAAAAUUUCUGGGUGCUUGUGCCAUGGGCAAAUGGGUAUUGCACCCAGACUUUAUAAGAAGGUCAGCAGAACAAGGACACUGGUUGCAAGAAGAAUUAUUUGAAUGGAGCAACUACAAUGAACCCAGUGUUUCACUCGAUAUGAAGACAGCAGGAAGUAGAUGGCGCUUUAACUUGGAAGUGUUUCAAACACUGGCCUUCAGUGACUGGAAUGUGGCUGUUGUUGUUUCUGAUCCCAAGAAAAGAUAUGUUUACAGAAGAUUGUUGGCUUGUGGAGGAGCCAAAGUGUAUAACCUGAAUUUACCUGUCAAAGAUAUUGCAAAGGUGGCAAAUACACUAACUUACAUAUUUGUAAGUGAGAAAACUGCAGCAAGUCUACUUCAUCUGGUUGAAUAUGGUAUUCUGUGUUUGAGGCCUGAAUAUAUUGGGGAUUACCUUGUUAAGGAUCCAACACCAGACCCUAUGGAAUAUUUAGUACAGCCGAGUUCUGAUGGAGCAGAACUUGAUGUUUCAAUGGAUAUAAACUGCAGCCAACAGACAGACACUCCUUACAGCAGCCAGGAAGUGCCUCAAUAUCUCAGUCCAACAAAUAGUCUGGGCUUUCUACCAUUGAGUCAGCAUGAAACAAACGUCAUUGAUACUAUCACCAAAAGAACUAGACAUAAGUUACAAAUGACCUCGAAAAAGUCCCCAGCAUCUGAUAUUGUUUUUGGGCUGACUCCACAGCAUAGUGCUACUCCAUCUCCACAGGAAACACCAUUGAAGUCUGUCAACACCUGUAGAAGGUUAUUAAAUCAGAACACUGUUGUGUCAGACGUGUCACCAAGUAAUAGCAGCAGAAGUUCUACAUCUACAAGAAAUACCCCAGAGCAGACAGCAGAAACAAUAUUGUAUACAAGGAAUGUUGUUCAGACUAGAUCUAGAAGAAGUUUGAUAUGUUCUGAUCCUUUGGCGGAAGGAGUAUCAGCAGAUGUAUCACAAAGUGCUUCUGUUCGAACUCGGUUACGCAGAAAUACACCAAACACAGAUCAAUCUCUUGAAGGAAUUUCACCCUGCCAGUCGCCUAGUAACUUUAUUAGGACAAGGUCAGGCAGAAAUACACCAAACACGGAACAAUCUUUUGAAGAAAUAUCACCUGGUCAGCCGCCUAAUAACAUUGAUAACUUUAUUAGAACCAGAUCAGGCAGAAAUACACCAAUCACAGAUCAAUCUCUUGACAAAAUAUCACCCGGUCAGCAGACUAAAAACAUGAAUAACUUUAUUAGAACAAGAUCAGGCAGAAAUACACCAAUCACAGAUCAAUCUCUUGAAGGAAUAUCACCCAGUCAUUCAACUAGUAAAUUUAUAAAAACAAGAUCAGGCAGAAAUACACCAAAUACAGAUCAAUCACUUGAAGGAAUAUCACCCAGUCAGUCGCCUAGUAACUUUAUUAAAACAAGGUCGGGCAGAAAUACACCAAAUACUGAUCCAUCACAUGAAGGAAUAUCACCCGGUAGGCCAAAUAGUAAUUUUAUAAUAACAAGAUCAGGCAGAAAUACACCAAACACAGAUCAAUCUGAAAAAAUAUCAGCAGAUCAGUCACCAAGUAAUUUAAAUAGAAGAUCAAUCAGAGAUGCACCAAUCAUAAAUCAGUCUUCUGAAGUAAUAUUGCCCGGUCAACUGCAGAGUGACUUAAUUAGAAGAAGAUCAGGCAGAAAUUCACCAAUCACUAAUCAUUCUUCUGAUGGAAUAUCAAUGGAUCAAUCUCAAUGUGUGAUUAAAUCUGUGUCAGGCAGAUUAACAUCUGAUACAAAGCAAUCUAUAGAAAAUUCUUCCUGCAAUACGAUCAUCUCACCAAGGAGAACAAGAAUGAGUUUGAAUAGAAAAUCAAAUGUGGUUAAACAGUUAUCUGAUUCAAAAGACAGUUGUAACAAAAAUGGGGAUACAGCAGGUUCUAAGCUAGCCAUACAAUCUACCAGUAAUGAAAAAGUUAUUGAAAAAUCCAUAAAUAUUCAUCAAAUUCAUAUAAAACCAUUAGAAUCUCAAUCAACUUCAGGUCAGUCCAGUUCAUCAGGUACAGAGGAAUUCAGUCCUGUUUACUCAGUGGUUAAAUCUAAUGCUGUCCGUGUGGACAGUGUAUUGCCUACACAGAAUGAGGCUGGUUCUAAAGAAAUAUCCACUAAGGUACCAGAUGAUCAACAGAUUAGUGCUAAACAGUUCAAUAGUGAGGACAAUAACAUUAACAUAGAUGGGGGAACAUGUGCAAGUACAACAGAUUUAUGUAAGACAAUAUCGAAGCAAUGUCACUCUACUCAAGUGAAGGUCAAAUCAGAGGAAAGGUUACAGACUAAUCUAGAAAAUGAAGUAAUGUCCAUAGAUAAGGAGAAUUCAUGUAAACCAAUGAAAAAGUAUGUGUAUAUAAAACCUGUGACUCGAAGACAAAAUAUGCAGAUAAUUGAAGCUCAGAAACUUAUAACAAACAAAGACAGUGUUAAAAACACAGUUAUUUUGGACAAAUUUGAAAGUUUUGAAAGUAGAGCUGAGAGUGCAAGUACAAGUUCAGAUGUUGGAAGCAGUACAAAUUCAAUAUUAUUAAAUGUUCCCACUAAGAGGAAAGCAGAAGAUUUAGACUUUGGAAAUGUCAAACGACAAAAGGUAUAUGAUGACAAGUAUCACUGGUGUCCUGUUGUUGGAACUCUUAAUCUGUUUUUAUCAGAAGAAGAUAUGGAAGUUGAAAAGGUAGAAGAGACUCCUUUCCAGUUCUCCACAGGUCUAACUAAUAUUAUACAUACCUGUUUAGAUGAGACGUGUGGAAUGCGUUUCCUGUUUGCUGGUUUGGAGGUGUUUAAGUCAAGUCUGACUGAGAAAAAAUAUCCCAAUUCUGCCACUUUACAUCUUCUAAUGGACCAAAUAUUAAUGGGAGAGAAAACCAUUGAUUUAGUAGGUCAGCGGACAUACUGUGCUCUUAUGAAGGUUCUACAGUUACAUCCACCUACCUCACAAGUUGCUAUCAACAUGUAUAAUGAAUCGUUGGUGAACAGCAAAAAUAAUGAAUACGUGGAAGGGCAAGACUGGACUUUUAUAAAAAAUGUUAUAAGUGAUACAGUCCAUGGUGAUGUUCGUAGAAGUAAUGGUAUACACCUGUUAAGGUACCUGGUAGCUGUUUUAGAGCAGAACUACUCAUUUGUAAUACAGAAGUAUAAAGACAGUCCAGGAAGUGUACAGAAGUUGAGAUCCUCCAUGUUAGGUCAGCUCUUGUGGUCAUCACUAAAUCAGAUAUUCUUUAACAGUAGAUGUAGAGAUCUUUUGGUAUUUGUGGAAGAAGUUAUCACAUCUCAAAUCUCACCAGACGAUAAGUCUGACUUACUGAAGUUGUUAUUGAGUAUAUUUAGUAUGGCAAUGAAUCUGUGUUACCUUGUUGAAAACAACAUGUCACAACAGAAUGUCGGUACAGCUAUAUUUGGUAAAACAGUUUCCAUAUUUCUACAUGAAGUUACAAAAGUUAUAAAUAACAGCUUAGAUGAAUGUUUGUUGAAGGAAGUACUGAUGACUUUACAACCCUCCUGGUUUUGUCUUGGUGUUUGUACUUAUUUAUUGGCAGAGUAUGACGAUUAUCUUCUUGUAGAAGGACUACCCAAAGAUAGAAUAUCACUUAAAGAUAUAGUAUCAAAAUAUUUUUAUUUAUUGCCACAUAUAAAUUCUCAACCUGUAAUCAGAAGUCCACACAAGAAAAGAAUUACUACAUCUCGACCUUCUACACCUCAGUCUCCAUCAAUGUCACAGAGAAUGUCACUACUGUCAACUCCACAAAAAGUAGUUCCAUUAUCACCAGCAUCAUCAACAAGUAAUACACCUGAAAGGAGAACAAAUAGACUCAUGAAGAAUAUAAAUAAAAAGAAUUUCAAAGGAGAAACUCCAUUACAUGCUGCCUGUAUAAAGAAUGAUGUACUCAAGUUGAAACAGCUGUUGAAAAUUCCAGGUGUAGAUGUAAAUGUUCAGGACAAUGCAGGAUGGACACCUAUGCAUGAAGCCUGUAAUCAUGGUAGAGUUCAGUGUGUUGAAGAAUUAUUACAUUUUGUACCAGCUAAAACAGUAGAUCAUUACUUUAGUACAGGUGGUCCCAGGUGUAAGAAGGCUGACUUGCUCAUUGGGAAUGAUGAAGGGAUUACACCAUUACAUGAUGCUGUGCUAAAUAGCAGGAAAGACAUUUGUCAGUUACUGCUACAGCAUGCAGGUGGUGUUCUCUUAAAACAGAAAACUGUGAUUGGAUAUACACCUAUUGAGAUGUCUGAAGAUGAUGAUAUGAGAGAUUUAUUAAUGUCUUACUCAGAUGAUCAUUCUGCCGUUACUAGUUCACAAGAAAGUAGCCAGGGACAAAUACCCGGAAAUCAUCUUUAUGACCAAGUCUUAGGUCAAGGACAAAAGGUCAGAUGUUGUUCUGUUGAAGACUGUGUGAAGUAUGUGUCACUUGUGUCGUUCCUCAUCACUUCCUAUAUAAAUGCUACAAAGACAACAACCAUGUCUUUAUACAAUGACAAGGAAAAUCACACUGGCAGUGCUGUAGAUGAAAAAGAGAAACUGAUUUACUCUGAUGUCAAAAUAUUACGUAAUAUGAAGAAAUAUUUGAUGAAGUUUGAGUACCAUGUUAGAAAGAUAUGUGACACUAACACAACAGACAGACUAGACAUGCAGUUAGCUUUGUUGAUGUGUAUACAAAGUAAUGGCAUGGAUGUCAGCUAAAGUCUUAACAUUAUUUUAUGUUUACCAAUACAGUAUUGAGAGGAGCAAAAACAGUUAUUUUAUUACUGACAUAGUUUAUUUCAAUUUUUUCAAGGAAUGUUAUGUAAUAUUUUAAAGUGUAAACGACAAGCAAAUAUUUCUUAUUAAUGACUGUAUAGGUUCUUGAGUCAUAUAUUGAAUUUGAAAGUUGUAUUGCUGGUUAGUGAAAAGUCAAAGAAAGUUGUUUUGACCUAUUCCAACAGUGUAAAUAAAUCCUUUAUAUUGCAACAGAUAUGCAGUGCUCUUUAUGGGUGGCUUUUGAAAUAUGGCAUAGACUUUUGAUAACCCAGAACACAAAGUUAAGGAUAUAAUGGGUUUGACUUAUUAUUCAGACAUUUGGCUACCACUUUGUUGUCACUGUGUUAGCGCCUUCAUUCUUUUGCCAAAUCAUAUUUGUAUGAAGGUAUCCACUCAUCUAAAAAUCUGGUUGAGUAUGAUAGUCCAUAAAUCUGAAAAAGGAGCAUUUAUUUUUAGAGAAAGGAAAAUGUAAAAAUUUUCAAUAAUAAUUUCUUUAUUUUUACAUUUGUUUGUUAAUUAGUGUUUGAAUACAUAAAUACUCAUUUAUCCAAUAUUUUAAAAGAGUCUGCCAUUGAGAUUUUAUUGAUAAAGUGUAUGAUUUUUUCCAACAAGAAUGUGAUAGGGGUUUGUGUGUGUGUUUGGCAAACAUUUCCUUUUGAAAUGAAGCAGAAGAGACAAAUUGAAAUUCUUCAGGAUAAAAUAAAUAAUGUAAUAAUUUUGUAGGAAAGAAUAAUAGUUAUGUAUAGUGCAUGAAUUAAAUUGAUUUUUAUAUGUUGAUCAAACUACUCAAUCAUUGAUUACCAAGGGCUUAUUAUUAUGAUAUUAUGUAUCUGUGGUUUUAGUUGAUAGAUAUGAUUUCUUAUUAUACCUUGGUAUCAUCUUGUGCCAUUCAUCCUCAUUUGUUUACAAGUUAAGAAAAUAUGUGUUGUUGUUAGCUCACCUGGCCUAAAAGGCCAUGUGAGCUUUUCUCAUCACUUGGCGUCCGUCGUCGUCGUCAUCGUCUGUCGUCGUUAACAAUUUUUCAAACAUCUUCUCCUCUGAAACUGCUGAAUGGAUUUGGAUGAAACUUAAAAGGAUUGUUCCUUAGAGUAUCCUGCACAAAGUGUGCGCUUUGAUUUUUGAUCGGUCAAAAAACAUGGCCGCCGUUACUUAAAAUAGAACAUAGGGGUCAAAUGCAGUUUUUGGCUUAUAUCUCAAAAAUGAAAGCAUUUAGAGCAAAUCUGACAUGGGGUAAAAAUGUUCAUUAGCUCAAGAUCUAUCAGCCCUGAAAUUUUCAGAUGAAUCAAACAAACCAUUGUUGGGUUGCUGCCACUUAAUUGGUAAUUUUAAGGAAAUUUUGCAGUUUUUGGUCAUUAUCUUGAAUAUUAUUACAGAUAAUGAUAAACUGUAAACAGCAAAAAUGAUCAGCAAAGUAAGAUCUACAAAUAAGUUAAUAUGACCAAAAUUGUCAAUUGACCCCUUAAGGGGUUAUUGUCCUUUAAUGACAAUUUUUCACAAUUUGUUCAUCAUAUUUGCUAACUUUAAAAAAUCUUCUCCUCUGAAACUACUGAAUGGAUUUGGAUGAAACUUAGCAUGAUUGUUCCUUAGAUUAUCCUGCACAAAGUGUGUGCUUCGAUUUUUGAUCCGUCAAAAAACAUGGCCCCCGUUACUUAAAAUAGAACAUAGUGGUCAAAUGCAGUUUUUGGCUUAUAUCUCAAAAACCAAAGCAUUUAGAGCAAAUCUGACAAGGGGUAAAAAUGUUCAUUAGGUCAAGAUCUACAAGCCCUGAAAUUUUCAGAUGAAUCAAACAAACCAUUGUUGGGUUGCUGCCACUUAAUUGGUAAUUUCAAGGAAAUUUUGCAGUUUUUGGUCAUUAUCUUGAAUAUUAUUAUAGAUACAGAUAAACUGUAAACAGCAAAAAUGAUCAGCAAAGUAAGAUCUACAAAUAAGUUAUAUGACCAAAAUUGUCAACUGACCCCUUAAGGGGUAAUUUUCCUUUAAUGACAAUUUUUCACUAUUUGUUCAUCAUAUUUGCUAACUUUGAAAAAUCUUCUCCUCUGAAACUACUUAAUGGAUUUGGA